AUGUCGUCGGCCCCCUCCCACCCGCGUCGCCGGCCCGCCAGGCCUGAUGAUUCCCACCUGACUCUUAUCGACUCCUUUCAGAGCAUGAACAUUCGCAAGGGCGAGACCUUUCACCCAAAGACGAGCACCGGUAAUAGCAGCUUCUGGGAUCCGCUGGAGGCACGGGCAAAGUCACCGGCAAUGCCACUGCGGUCUACAACAUCACCACAAUCUCUUGAGGAUCUCCUCAUCGGUCCGGGUGAGCGUCGCGUUGCCCAGCUUCUCCACCGUGUGGACAAGGCCGUCGCUGCUCAGUCGACCCAUGCGUUGGCCGUGGCCCUCAGCGAACCGGAGACCUUGGCCGUCCCAGCUGUCGCAGUAGACGCCGCCGCUGCUUCCGAUCAGACUCCAAGAUCGCGUGCUCGUCACCACAGCCAUUCAUCCGACAGUGGUAUCGGCUCCUCUGUUGCAGAUUCCGUCGAGACUGGAUCAGAUUCCACGGCUAAGCAUCCGACCAACUCUGGUGAGCGCUACCCUACCCUGGUGCAAACAUGUAUACUGACCAUUCCAAGCCACUGCGCGGUCUCCGGACAGACAAUCUCUCUCCAGCAUCUCGGAUGCUGCCGAGGAACACGCUGGACUGAGCAAGUACGCGGCCGAACAGAUCCAAAAGAACAUUGUCCAGCCCAUUCUGGAAGAAGAGUCACUGAAAGAAGUACGUACCUCCCUUCACGAUUUCGCGUCGUCGUGUCCCUCGUAGUCUAUAAGCUGCGUGCUAAUCCACCUUCGCCAGUUCCACGACCUCAUUAAGAGCAUACCAUCGCGCAUCGAAGAGAGGGAGGUCAAGAAUCUGAGGGAGAUCGAGCGCACAUUGCUCUUUCUCGCCACGGUAAGUAGUGGAGCCAUCAAUCUGUGGUCGUACAUUUGUUUAUGGUGUUUUGGCGUAGGACUAUUCGCGUUCUCCUUCGAAGUAUCUACGAUUCUGCGAGUCGACAAUCCGGGUUCUGCACACGACGGUCACGACGCUACACGAGUCCGACCAGAAAGCGCCUCAAGAUCGUCCGUACACUCAAGGAUACUUCUUUGAUUUAGUUGAGCAGGUUCGUUCUGGGUCUCUGUCGCCUAAAGGCACAGCGGCAUUGAUUGACAUUGUUCUUGGACAGAUUCGUAGAUACGCCACCAUUCUGGCCGCCAAUCGCGCCCGCCAAGUGAAGGGCGAGAUGGUAUCGACAAAGUGAGUUCUCCCCACCCCGCCCUCGUACUGUUGUCGUCACCCCUCUACAUGUGAGCUUGCGUACAAUAGCUUCUCUUCGCUAUUGUUGGUAGGCUACAGCUAUUGUCAGCACUCCUAUUGUCAUGUUGGCCAUUCGGCGGACACUGUCAUAUAAAAAGCGUGAAACCUGCCUCUGGCCUUCGUCUUGCUUCCUUACACACCCUGCCCGCCGUCGACGAUCAACACAAUCGCAAAGGCAAUGGCCUGUGCUAACGACAUGGACAGGAUCGAGAAAGUCUCGCUCCAUGGGGGUAUGACACAUAACGGAAAGCCGGCUGAGCUAGUCCGUCACACUGCAGACGGCCAAGUCAUAUCACUGGCCGACGACCAAGCUCUCACUGAAGAUGAACUCAACUCCACCAUGAAGAGAGCUGCUGAUGCAGACCUCGACGAAGAUGCCUUGCGUUCCAUGGCUCGUCGGAAGAAGAACGCAAAGCCUGAGAUCCAUACCUGUCCGCUUUGCACCAAAGAAUUCAAGCGCCCAUGCGACCUCACGAAGCACGUAAAGACACACGAGCGCCCUUGGAAGUGUCCGACUGAAGACUGCAAAUACCACGAUUACGGCUGGCCAACCGAGAAGGAGCGGGAUCGUCAUGUCAACGACAAGCAUUCUUCCACCCCAUCUCUCUACCACUGCCUGUUCAAGCCUUGCCCGUAUACGUCCAAGCGUGAGAGCAAUUGCAAGCAACACAUGGAGAAGGCUCACGGGUGGCAAUAUGUUCGAUCCAAGAGCAACGGCAAAGGUCGCGCAUCCAGCGUUGUGCGCCUGCAGCAAGGCUCUGUGCCUCCAUCGCCAUCGUCGGCCAUGCUGACUCCCCUCACACCCAUCGCGCCGUCUCCUUCUACUCACUGCUGGUCCGAAUCGUCGCGUCGCGGAUCCAUGGCGCCACCGCCAACUACUGGAGCGAGUGGCUAUGGAACUCCGGCUUACGGCACGCCCGCUUUCGCGCAGCCAUCGCCAGACUUUGCGGGCCACUUCAACAUGAACAAUUUGAACUUUGAUUUCAACGACAUGGGCAACUUCCCACAGUUCCCGAUCACGCCGGCCAUGAGCGAGGAGCGCCAUGAUUCUGCUUCCCUCUCGUCGCAUUCUGAGUUGCAGUUCGAUGCCAACUCAUUCGACGGUCAUUCGCCUGCCGACUUCACGUUUGACAACUUCGACUUCGGAAAUCUCCCAGUCGACUUCCAGACGUACACUCCAAACUCCAGCGUCGCCGGUCCUAGUUCUGGUGCUGGUGCUGGUGCUGGUGCUGGUGCUGGUGCUGGUGCUGGUGCUGGUGCUGGUGCUGCAAUGCCACAUGUGUCUCCGCAAAUGGAUCAGACAUUCACGAAUGAUGCGAUGAAUAUCGACAACGAUUACUGCGCGGCGCCGAACGAGGACUUUACACUGUUUGCCUCUGGCUCUCGCGCUGCUGACGGCGAGAUGGCGAUGAUUCCUUCGCUCGUGAACGAAGGCUCGUGGGGACAGCUCGACGGAAGUGGCUCUACAUUUGCUUCGGGAGCGCAUUUCGACAGUGGAAACCCACCAACCCUCACUGCCGGCAACAGCGUGCUGAGGGAUUUGUUCCCAGAGCUCCACAACUGA